GUAUUGCGCAUGCGCGAAUGGUUGCUAUAUGUUGGGGUCGGAGCCACAUAGUUUCUUCUUACACACGGUCCCUCACAUUGUCUAGCUUACAGCCCGGCAUUGUGGAGCAUUUUUCGAGAUUCAUUGCCCCUAACCCGCAGGUGGUUUUGGUAGAGUAAAGACCCUCCGUUGUCCACUGUCACAGGUGUAGGCAGUACAGGAUUUUCGUCUGACUUUCCAUUGUGCCAAAUAAAACAAACUUGCAUGAGAAAAAGGAAAUAUCCCAGAAUCCCGUCUGUUGACGAAUAUAUCUAGAGACCAACUUUGAUGAGAGCAAUGCAGAAAUGGUAGCUGUCCAGAAACCGCAAGUUUAACCGCAUAAGAGGUGUUAUGAUGAGGUGAGCCGUCUUACCAAUAGGGAGGCUGGCCAAACCACAACGAAAAUGUAUAAUUGUACUAAAGUUGAUGAGAGCUAUGCAUCUAAUUCUGAGGAACACCCGACUAUUCAGAAGGAAAACAACCACUUCCCUUGCUCUGAAUGUGGGAAACACUUCACUUCUAAAUCGUACCUAACUAUACAUCAGAGGCUCCACACUGGUGAGAAACCCUAUGAGUGUUCGGAGUGUGGUAAAAGGUUCACUCAAAAACAGCAUCUCCAGGCCCACCAUCGUACCCACACCGGGGAAAGGCCAUUUCAGUGCUCCGAGUGUGGGAAGAGUUUCCCUUUCAACAGCUACUUUAAAAUUCACCAGAGACUGCACACUGGUGAGAACCCGUUUGAAUGUUCCGUGUGCGGGAAAUGUUUUGCAAGCAAGGCGCGCCUGAAAACUCACCAAAUCUCUCACACUGGUCACCAUCCCCACUCCUGUUCUGAAUGUGGGAAAAGCUUCCCAUCGAAGAUGCAGCUCCGCAACCACCAACUCAUCCACACGGGAGAGAAAGCAUUUGAAUGCUCCGUCUGUGGAAAGCGUUUCUCUACCAAUUCACAUCUUACUGCUCACAAGACCAUCCACACAGGGGAGAAGCCAUUUGAGUGCUUUACCUGUGGUAAAUGUUUCCGCAGUAAAGCAUCUCUUCGCAGUCAUCAGUUGUACCACACGGAAGAGAAGCCAUUCGUGUGCCGUGAAUGUGGGAAAAGUUUCACCAAGAGAUCGGAUCUGGCUAGCCACGAGAGGCGUCAUACAGGGGAGAGACCCCACAAGUGUUCAGAUUGUGGGAAAAGCUUUGCUUCAAGUUCCACGUUGUCUGUUCAUAAGUUGGUUCACAAAGACGUCAAACCGUUUUCCUGUUCAGAGUGUGGAAAGAUGUUCAGCCUUAAGGCAAAUCUCCUCAGACAUCUAUUUGGUCACACUGGGGCCAAACCAUUUGCGUGCUCUCAAUGCGAGCGAUGCUUCAAGCUUCAGUCAGAUCUUGUUGCCCAUAAAAGGAUUCAUACGGGUGCUAGAGACUUUGAAUGCCCUGAAUGUGCCAAAUGUUUCACUACGAAAUCUCAUCUUGUUCAACACCAGAAACUUCACACCGGAGAGAAGGCGUUUGCAUGUUCUGACUGCGGGAAAAGGUUCACCCAGAAAAUUGGACUUGUUUCGCACCAACAAAGAAUACACCUAAAGGAGAAACCAUUCACAUGUAUGGAGUGUGACAAACGUUUCGCCGUGAAACCGGAUCUCAUUAAACACCAGAAACUUCACACAGGGCUGAAACCUUCAAAUGUUUAGAGUGUGGCAAAUCUUUCAGUCUGAAUCAAGCGCUCCUGUCGCACCAGGAUACCCACGCCGGAAAGAAGAACUAUGUAUGUUCUGUGUGUGUGGGACGUUGUGUAAAAACAUCUUCUUUAACACUGUAAAAGUCAUUGUAAUUGAUCCUCAUAUGUAGGAUCUGAUGACCAAAAAUUUUCACGUGACCUUUUUUUUUUUGCAUACACACCUUUUGUCAGGCCAACUUGCCAGUGCUCACCUUAAGUUCAAAUGCUAUAUUUGUACAUUAUAUAUAAUACAUUGUACCAUAUAGCAUCUAGAAUAAGGUUCUUGAGCGUUGGUUUUUUAUUUAUUUUUUUCUUAUACCAAGGCAAGAUGACCUCUUUCAGCACAGUCACUGAGGGAAGUCGCUGUUCUGUUACUUGGACAUUCAGUUUGAUCAACAUUUGUAUGAAGAUCCAAAUGUUUAUUCUAGAAGAUGGAGAUCUCGCUUUCUUUCUUUUACUCUCUCUCUCUCUCUCUCUCUCUCUCUCUCUCUCUCUCUCUCUCUCAUAAAAUGUAUAUGAUUACAGAGGUAAUCAUACAGUGUGUACUUUUUUUUUUUUUUUUUCAAUUAAUUUAUUAUGUAUGAACAUGGUGAUUAAAUACUAACCAUUGAUGCAUUUAAAGGGCGUAUUCGAUUAGACCCGCAAAAUUUUCAGGUGUUAAAAA